ACCUCCAGGUGGGGUCCGGCAAAAGCGUCCGGGCCGCGGUGGGUAGACCCAGAUGCGAGUGGGCCCUGCCGGGCCUCGGGUCCCCACCGUCGCCGGGCCCUCCUGGCCCUGAGAAUCGGAUACUGGCUCUUGAAAUCCCUGCCACUGGGCUCGCUGCUUCCAAACUGUGACGACCUUAGUGUUUGAUUAACUCGGGCAAAGACGGCAUGUGUUUUGCUUAAGACUUCUGCAAGCAAGGGCUUCUUAGAAAGAUGGACCAGUUUUGACAAGAUGUAGUGCUGUGGCGUGCCUGAUGGGAUAUGUUCAGCCAUGGCAUCCGAACUUUGUAAGACGAUCUCUGUGGCAAGGCUGGAAAAGCACAAGAAUUUGUUCUUAAAUUAUAGGAAUCUGCACCAUUUCCCAUUGGAAUUACUGAAAGAUGAGGGACUACAGUACUUGGAGAGACUCUAUAUGAAAAGAAACUCCCUUACAACCUUGCCAGAAAACCUUGCUCAGAAGCUUCCAAACCUUGUGGAACUGUACCUACACUCAAAUAACAUAGUUGUGGUUCCGGAAGCCAUUGGGUCCCUUGUAAAACUCCAGUGUUUGGAUCUUAGUGACAAUGCCUUAGAAAUUGUUUGCCCAGAAAUUGGUCGUCUGCGAGCUUUACGUCAUCUUCGAUUAGCUAAUAACCAACUGCAAUUCCUACCUCCAGAGGUUGGCGAUUUGAAGGAGCUGCAGACACUAGACAUUUCUACCAAUCGUUUGCUAGCUUUACCCGAGAGGCUUCACCUGUGCCUUUCUCUGCAGUACCUCACUGUGGACCGAAAUCGUCUGUGGUGCGUGCCACGCCACCUCUGCCAGCUACCCAGCCUCAAUGAGCUCUCCGUGGCUGGAAACCGUCUUGCAUUUUUGCCACUUGAUUUAGGUCGAUCUCCAGAACUCCAGUAUGUCUACGUGGAUAACAACACCCACCUGAAAGGCUUGCCAUCCUAUCUGUACAAUAAGGUCAUCGGAUGCAGUGGCUGUGGUGCUCCCAUCCAAGUUUCCGAGGUGAAGCUGCUUUCCUUUUCCUCGGGGCAGCUCACCGUUUUCCUCCCUGCCGAGGUGAAGAUCAUAGGGACAGAGAACGACCGCGUCCUACCUCUGCAAGAGUUGGCAAUGAGGACCCUGCAUCACACCUGCCACAGUUUUCUGAAAGAUUUGAACUUCCUGUCUCCAAUCUCAUUACCCAGAAGUCUCCUGGAGCUGCUGCACUGCCCCCUGGGGCACUGUCACCGGUGUAGUGAGCCCAUGUUUACGAUUGUCUACCCCAAGCUCUUUCCCCUGAGAGAGACACCGAUGGCUGGGCUGCACCAGGGGAGGACCGCUGUCAGUUUUGUGGCUUACUGCUGCUCCACCCAGUGUCUGCAGACUUUCGACCUGCUGAGUUGAUAAACACUCGAGAGCCUCAGGAGUGCUGCCAGCCCGACUCGGCACUUGCCUGCAUGUCACACACACUGUUUGUGCGGCCGAGGACAGGAGAAUCCAUCCAGCCAGGCCAAACAGGCCCUUCCGGCCGGUCCUGUCGGAUGCAGGGGCCUGCAGAACUCUCUGGAAGUGUCAUGACUGAGCUUCAGAGCUAAAAUGCCUUCACCCUGCCCCCACGUUGGAAUAUAUCCUCUCCCAAAUUAAGGACCCUUUGUCUUCUGUGUUUUUCUUUUUAUCCCUGUGUCUCAUAUGCAAACUAUUUAGUUUGAUUAGUUUGACGUGCCUCCCAAAAUCUAAUACACAGCGAGUUUCCAUUCCCUCAAGAACUAUACUUUGAUAACAUAACCAAAUUAAUUUUUGGACACACAUGCCUUCAAUAAUACUUCUAAUCUCUCUCUUUCUUUCUCCAGAGAAUGCUUUACCCCAGGGGUUAUUCUCUAGGUUUUUAACAAAUUUCAGCAAUCUCCAUGGCCUCAAUACUAUAGU